GAUUGCACUGAAAAUUACUUUGCUUGAAUUUCAUCCUGUAGUGGUGAUUCACUUGCUCUGAGAGGAGGAAAAAUAGUUUGUAACAAACUGGACCAGCUCUCCCAUGCUGCACGUUUUGAACUCCAAUCCAAGUACUUCAGAGGUGUUGGCAAAAGAUUACAGGGUGAAGUACAGACAACAUAUACAGAGACAGUACCAGCUAAUAAGAGAUAGGAACGCACGUCUUGGUGAAAAUGUGCCUCUAAACAACAGAUACACACAGCUGGUUAUUGUAAAUGAACAUCGUCAUGAAAAGGAAAGAGAACAUGAAAUAAUGGCCAUGGGACGGAGACACACAGAAAUCAUUAGUGAACAAGCUGUUUCUUCAGUUACCAUAGAUACACUUUUUAAACCUGAUAAAGAUGGAAAAACACCAGAAAUCAUUGUGCUGGUGGGAGCUGCAGGAAUUGGAAAAACAAUGACAUCAAGAAAGACCAUGUUGGAUUGGGCAGCUGGAAAGCUUUAUGAGGAACAGUUUGAUUUUGCUUACUACAUCAAUUGUAGAGAAAUGAACCUUCUUACUCAGGAGACAAGUGUGGUUAAUAUGAUUUUGAAAUGUUGUCCUAAUAAUAAGGCACCAACUGAGCACAUUCUGUUACAUCCAGAAAAACUCCUCUUCAUAAUUGUUGGUUUUGAUGAACUGAGAUUUUCCUUCCAUCAGCCAGAAAGUGAUCUCUGCUUUGACCCCUGGGAAAAGAAGCCAUUAGAAGUCCUGCUGAGUAGUUUAUUUAGAAGAACAGUUCUCCCUGAAUGCUACUUGAUAAUCACCACCAGACCGACUGCCUUGGGGAAACUCAGACAGUAUUUGGCAUGUUCACGUUAUGCAGAAAUACUGGGAUUCUCUGAGGGGGAUAGAGAGGAAUAUUUCCACAAAUUCUUUAGGGAUGAAAGGCAAGCUUCAAAAGCCUUCAACUUUGUCAGUGAAAAUGAAAUUCUCUUCACCAUGUGCUUCAUCCCUAUCAUGUGUUGGAUCAUCUGCACGGUUCUGAAACAACAGGUGGAAAGGGGUGAAGAUGCUGCACAAACUUUGAAGACAGUCACUGGAGUAUACAUGCUAUAUCUUUUCAGUUUAAUAAAAUCUCCUAGCAGGAAUUCAGUGCUACAGAGGCAAGCCCAGCUGAGGAGACUUUGCUCCCUGGCUGCUGAUGGCAUCUGGGAGCAGAAGAUACUCUUUGGGGAAAAAGAAGUCAAAAAGUAUGGCUUAGACCAAACAGACUCUCUCCCCCUCUUUCUCAAUGAGAACAUUUUUCAGAAGGACCUUGAUUGUGCAAAGGCCUACAGCUUCAUUCAAUUAAGUUUUCAAGAGUUUUUUGCUGCUUUAUCCUAUAUAUUGGAGAAGGAUGGGGAGGAGGACAUAAUAAAAGAUUCAGUGACUCCUAAAAGAGAAGUGAAAAGUUUGCUGGACCACUAUGGGAAAUCCAGAAAUUAUUUAAUGUUAACAAGGAGAUUCUUGUUUGGUUUGCUAAAUGAAAACAGAUUGAAAGACGGAGGAAAAACUUGGCUGUCAAAUAUCAUCUAAAAUUAAGUCAGACUUAGUGAUGUGGUUUACAUCAUCUUUUCCCACAACAAAUGGACAAAUUGAAGAUCUUGAGGCAUUUUCCUG